GUGGCGCGCGGAUGGAGGGGCUUUAGUUGCCACCACCGCCACCGCGCGAAAACCGUCGAAAAGUUCGCGUUACGGCUGCUUCUCAAGGAAAACGAAAAGAUGUACCUCAUUAACACCUCACAAAAGUGUUCUCUUUUUUUCGCUUUCAGCACCAACCCCCACGGCCUGGCUUCAAAGACCGUUCCUGCGAUCGUACCGCUGAUCGACACAAGGAAGCCACCGAACGCGUGCCCAGCUCCGCAUACGAACAGCGCGGACCGUACUUGCUGCCACCGCCACCACUGUGUCAUUUCCUGAGCGCGCAGCGUACUCGCGCAGCGGUGCUCUGAGAAGGCCACAUGGCUCGCAACGUGGCCACGUUUCUGUGGCGCACGCUGUGCGUGCAGGCCAUACGGCGGCACUACGUGUCCACUUCGCUCGAGCUGCUGCUCGUGACCGUGGGCUUUUACGGCGCGUUGACCUUGCGAACAGCACCGCAGACGCCCGGCAGGAAUCCCAGCGCAACCGAUCUGGACUCCUUUCUCGUGUCGCAGCGUCCCACUCACGUCGUGUUCGGUCCCAAGACGAGUUACAACGAGAGGCUGAUGGAGGCCGUGGUCGCCAAGUACUCGACCAACGACGUGUGGGAGCGCAACGAAGUGCUGUCCAUAGCGCGCAAUGUAAGCGCAGUCAGCGAAAUCGCCAAACACUGCGUCGACGUUGCUAUCAACAGCAAGCAAGCAGUCCGUGCCAUGUGCCUGACGCUGGAAACGACUGCAGAUAGCGACGAACACGCCGAUGCCAGCCUCAAGUACACAAUCUUCAAGCCCUUCCCCUGGAACGAAAGUGCUUUUUACGAUAAGAAUUUUGCAGGUUUUGCAACGGGUUACAUGUACGCCAUCGAACGGGCACAUUUGGAGCUACAGCGAAGCCGUACCACACAGAGUGAUCAGAGCAACGAUACAGACAUGAAGCUGGUGGUUGAAGACCUGCCCGGGUGGAUUUACGGUGACAUGAAGGCGCCAUACCGACGAGAAUUCACCCUUAUGCUGUACCUGGUGUUCAUGAUCCCGGCACUGCGAUCACUCAACGCCAUUGAAUACGAGCUUUCCUCGGGCCUCGCCGAAAAGCAGGCCCUGAUGGGGCUGUCGGCGGCCCAGUUUGCCCUCGGCCACUACUUCACGACGCUGGCGUUCUACCUCGUCGAGAGUGCGAUCGUGGUAUUGCUCAUGUACACGACCAAGGUCCGCCCGCAUAAUGUGUCAUACGCCUACGGCAUCGACCCGAGCAUGGUCUUGAUCUCUUUCCUUCUGUACGACGUUGGCCAAGCGCUCGUACCGGUUUUGGUCACCUCAGUGUGUCCAAACGGUUGGGUGAGAACGCUCCUCUUCCUCGCCAUAUUGAUGGUAGCCCCGGGACUGUUCCUCGCCGCGCUAGCGCCCGUUACGGUGCCCGACUACUUGACCACAAGCAGGGGAAAUCAACUGUUGGGAGGCAUCAUUCCCCACAGCGGCCUCGUCUCCGUCAUGAUGAUCAUGUUUCUCGCCCAGGACUUCAAAGGUGGUGCAGGCUGGUCCCUGGUCACCAGGCGUAUUAUGGGUAACAAGGUCACCAUACUGGAGAUCUGGGUGUUCAUGCUUGGUUCCAACGUGGUCAUAGCGUUCCUCACGUGGUACCUCCCCCAGAUCCUGCCGUGGUGUGUGGACAACCCGCGGAGCCCGAUAUUCUUUCUCACGAAGAAAUACUGGAGAGGCGGCGCAGGACAAACAGAGGCCGAUGCAACGCCCCCACAGAGAGACCCAACCCGCUUCGAAGAGCUGCCACCGGAUGUGCGACCGAUAAUUCUAACCAGAGACCUGAAAAAGGUACUUGGAACAGUUUCUGUCUUGGACAGCGUGGACCUGGAAGUGUACGAACGCAAGGUGACCGUUCUGCUGGGUCAAAAUGGCAUGGGCAAGACGACCCUUUUGAGGAUCCUGACAGGCGCACUAGGGGGGCCGACGAGUGGCAGAGUGAUGGUGUGCGGUCACAAUGUGUACACCAGCCCAGAGUCGGUGCGCAGGGACGUCACACUGUGCCAACAGUCUGACAUCUUUUUCGGGGACCUGACAUGCGGGGAGAAUGCCAUUUACUUCGCCACUCUCCAGGAUACCAGCGGCGGUGAUGUGGAGCAAGCCACGGCGAGCAUGCUGGAGAAGCUGGGCUUGAAAGACGUGGGAUCCAAGAUGCCAGAGGAGAUUUCUUGCGGAACGGCUCGAAUGCUGAGUCUAGCCAUUGCCAUCGCUUCGAAGCCCAAGCUUCUAAUGCUUGACGAGCCCUGCUCGGGCCUGGACCCAGUUACUCGUCGGCAAAUCUGGGACCUGCUGCAGCAGAUUGCGAGAGACAGAACAGUUCUGCUGUCCACGCACGACAUGGAUGAGGCCGACGCCGUGGCUGACCAGAUCAUCAUACUGGCCGCAGGAAAGGUCAUUUGCAGCGGCUCGACUACGUUCCUCAAGAAAGCUUGCGGUGUUGGAUACAGGGUGACCCUCCUCAAAGAUCCCCGGCUAUUCAACCUGAAGGACGCGCUCGCCGCUAUUCAGAGCGUCAUCCCCGGCGCUGACGUGUUCGAGGACAAUCAAUGUGCCGUGACUAUUAAACUGCACACACUCGACCAUCGCGGAUUUCCGGGUCUGUUCGAGAAGCUGGAAAGUUCGUCGAAGCAGCUUGGCGUCGUCGACAUUGGCGUCACUGUCGCCACCAUGAAGGACGUCUACACUAAGGUAAACUUGAACUGGACUCCAGAAGGGAAGCGAACGGAAACGAAAGAAGGCAAGCUAUGGGACGAGGUCGUCGGCGUCUUGUGUAGGCCGGCGUCCAAGCAGGACCGAACGCUGGCACGCUGCUUCUACGCGUUUUUCAUCAAGCGUUGGACGUUCGUGACUCGGAGCUGGGGCAUCUUCCUCGUGUCAUUCGUUGUGCCACUGGUGCUGCUGUCCAUACAUCAGGCCGGAGCGAAGUGGAAACAGUCGCAAGACGACGCCAAGCUGUACCACCUGUCCAAGCCGACAGAGAUUCGCCUGGCGCACCGCUUUCCCGGCUAUACCGUCGUACUGCAGGAAUCAAAAUCCAUGGCCAACUUGAGCCGGACGCUGCAGGUUCUCAUAGAAGCCGAAGGUUGCAACGUCCGCCUGGUACCGGACGUCAACGACCUGGUCAUGGACGACUUGGCGACCUACGUGCAUACCUACCCGAUGAUUAUUGUCCUAGAACCAGACCGAGUCCGUCUCAUGGUCGACACGAGGAACUGGGUCACCUUGCCAGUGCUUCUCAACCUCGCUGACACGGCGAUGCUGCGCUUGCUGACGCGUCAGCCGACGGCCCGCAUCGCUGCCCGGGUCGCUCAGCUGAAGUUGCCCGACACGACGGUGUUCACUACUCAGCUAACUUGGCUGCUGAUCGAAGGCUUCUUGUACGCCCUGGCCUUCUCGGCGUUCGCCGCGUUUCCAGCCGCCGAGAGGCUGGGAGGCGCUCGCCACGUUCAGCUCAUGACCGGCUUGACGGGCAGCUUUUACGUGCUAUCGCACUUUGCUUUCGACUUCCUUCUCUACGUUGCCUUCGUCGGUCCGUGGUGCCUGAUCUGCCGCGUCCUCGGUGGAAUCCAGGCGGACACUUGCAUUCUCAUGUUCGCCACCUUCGUGCUGUCUGCUCCCGCGAUGAUAGGUACGGUGUACCUGAUCUCGGAGCGGGCGCUGACGGAAUUGGGAGCCAUGUACAGCGCGUUUCUUUGGAUUUAUUUGCCUGGGUCGUUGGCCUACCUGGGCUCGAUUACGUGUCAGCCCUUUUUCCCACCCUGGGCACUGCUGUCCUGCUUCAUGAAGAUCUUGUACGCUGACACCGUUGUAAAGCUGUGCGAACAGCAUGGGGCGGUGCCGUCGCGGGCGGGUCAUCCGCUGGCCGCGCCCGCCACCCGAGCGUCAUUCAAUUGGCGCUCCAUCUUCGCGACUGGGAGAGGAGCCCUAGCAAUGGAUGAAGAGGAGCCUGACUCUACACUGGGGAGUGUUUUGCGGUGCCACGACGCGGCGUCAGGCGACUUCGUCCUGAACGGCGUCCCAUUGAAUCUGCUGUUCUUGGCUGUUCAAGGCCUGAUCUGUCUCGGUCUUAUGAGCUUCAAAACAUCGGGUUGCUUCAGCUGGAGCGAGGCGAUCUUUGGAAAGAAGAAUGGACGACCUCUAACAGCGUCGCGAGCCACGGUGGCAAAGCCAUCUGACCCCGAGGUCGAAGAAGAGAAGAAGCUGGCGACCGCACUGUGCGACAAGAACAACUUCAAAGAUCACGCACUCGUCGCGCGCAACCUGAGCAAGACAUACGGCGACUGCUGCGCGGUCGUCACGGACUUCAACCUGGCGCUGAGGCCUUCGGAGUGCUUCGGCCUGCUGGGCCUGAGCGGUUCGGGGAAGACCACGGCGCUGGACCUGCUCGCGGCGCUGACCGACGUCACGCAGGGCGAGGCCUACACCGCCACAGCGUCUCUCCUGGAGAAUACACGAAAGUGGCAAUCCCAGAUUGGCUACUGCUUCCAAAAGGGAUGCCUCCUGGACAAGCUCAACGCCUACGAGUUUCUACACCUAAUCGCCCGGCUCCGCGGCGUGAGCCCUAUCGAUGUGGAGGCCACAGUAAACAGCGUCAUCUCUAUCGUCGACAUCGAGGAACACGCCAGCAUGCCCUGCGGAUUGUACAGUGGCGGCACUCGGCGCAAGCUGUGCGUGGGCGUGGCGCUCCUGGGCCUGCCCCCGCUCCUCUUCUUGGACGAGCCGUACACGGGAGUGGACGCCAUGUCGAGGGACAGGAUCGGCCGUGCCCUGUCGCGAAUCAAGAAGACCGCGCGCAUUGCCAUCAUGUUCGCCUCGCACAACAUCGACGAGUGCGAGUUGUCGUGCGAACGCUUCGCCAUCAUGGCCGACGGCAGGCUCACGUCUAUGGGCACGCUGCAGCAGCUGCGAGACAAACACGGCUGCGGAUACCGACUCGAGUUCACGCUCCGGCAUGGUGCAGACCCGGAUGCUGCGAAGCGCUUGAUGGAGGCAGUGGCUCGACACUUUGUCGGCGUCAAGCUCACUGAGCUUCACCAGAACGUGCUCAACUAUCACCUGUCGGAGCGCAUGCCGUGGAGUGAGCUCUUCCGCAAGGUGGAGCUGCUGCAGAAGGAUUUUCCUCUCGAGCACGCCAUUGCGGGACAGAAGACGCUGGAGCAAGUUUUCCUCUCGCUAGCCAAGGCUCAGCAGUGGCGACCGAAUGCCUAAUUUGCACGGUCGCAAGCACUUACCACUUUUCGGUAUUGUUUACUAUUUUGCUACUGCGGCAGUAAACCAUGUGGCCGUUUCCAAAGCUCCUAUUGGUUUACAGCAGCAACUCA